CUGCCAUUUGGCCCUGAGUGAGCAGCGUGUUGUUGAGGGAAAAGGAUCGUGAAGGGCGGAGAAAGCGAUGGCGGCGGCCGAGUCUGAGAGCCAGGCGGCGUCGGCAGGAUCGGGCGGGGAAGAGGCGGCGACCGCCGCCGCGUCGCCGCUUCUGCCUCCACCUUCUUCCACGCCGGGCCGGCGCCUGAGCGAGCUGCGGGUGAUCGACCUGAGGGCCGAGCUGAAGCGCCGCAACCUGGACACCGGCGGCAACAAGAGCGUCCUCCUCGAGCGCCUCCGCAGAGCCAUUGAAGAAGAAGGGGGAAAUCCUGAUGAACUUCCAGUCGCUGCAGAGAUUACUAGCAAGAGAACUCCCAAAAGAACUGUAAAAGGUCGUAAACCAGAAGAAGAAGAUGGUGAAGAUAACGGAAUGGAGGAGAACUCAAGAGAUGGGCAGGAGGAUACUGAAGCAAGUUCAGAUAACUUUCAGGAUAUUGACAUGAUGGACAUCAGUGUGUUAGAUGAAGCUGAAACAGAUAAUUCCAGUGCUGUUGACUGCAAGGAUGAUUACAUUUCUGAGAACGUUCUUGACUCUGAUGAGAAAGACAAUACUGAUGCAGAACUGAAGGAACUUCCUAAUCAGCUGGUGGAUAAUGAGGAGAAUGGCGAGGAACUUGAUAACAUGCUGGAUACCUCUUCCUCUGAUUUAGCUGCAGUGAAGGAUUUGGAUCAUCAACAUACAGAGCCAGAAAAUGAGAAAAUGCUCGACAUUUUGGGUGACACUUGUAAAUCUGAGCCCCUUAAAGAAGACACUUCCGAAGCGGAGCAGGCACAAGAAGCGGAAAACCUGUUGGCGGGCAAAAAGGCAGCCGAGGAAGAGGAAGACGCGCUUGCCGCCGGCGCCACUCUGUCGGAAGAGGACCUUUUAGAUACGGAGAGCCCCUCAGCCCAGUCUGCGGGCAGGAAGCAGGAGGAGGCGGAGGCAAAGCACUUAGUGGUAGCAGCAGGGGAGACGAGCGAGCAGACAGGAGAGGAAGCCCAUCCGGACUCGGACUGUGUAGCGGUAGAGAGCAGGAGUGGUGGUGGUGGAGGAGGAGGAGGAGGAGGAGAUGAGAGUAGCAAAACAGCAGCCCAAAGUCUGGAAGCCAGUAGUGAGGCAAGUGCGGCCGGCCAAGAGGCCGCGAAGACGGAAGAGAAAUCUCAGUGUGAGGAAGACUCCUCCUCUGCCACUAGAGAGGCCUCUGCCCCAGAGGGUGGUGAUCAGAACACGAGUUCGGAGGAGAGCAAAGAUGCAAAACUGGCUUCAAAGGAAGAGAAAGGUCGCAGUGCUGCCACUUCUGGCCGGAACUUCUGGGUGAGCGGCCUUUCAUCCACCACCCGAGCAACUGACUUAAAGAAUCUCUUCAGCAAAUAUGGAAAAGUGGUGGGCGCCAAAGUGGUCACCAACGCUCGCAGUCCAGGCGCUCGGUGUUAUGGUUUUGUGACCAUGUCCACGGCCGAAGAAGCCACAAAAUGCAUUGCCCAUUGCCACAAAACAGAAUUACAUGGGAAAAUAAUAUCUGUUGAAAGAGCAAAAAAUGAACCCGCCGCCAAGAAGCCUUUGGAGAAAAAGGAAAGUGAGGUGAAGAGUGACGCAUCAGGCAGUGACAGGUCUCCCAGCGCCAAAAAGAGUGAGAAAGCAGACCAGAAAGAAGAUGCCAAAAAAGCUGAAGAAAAGGAUGAGAAGGGGAAAGAGGAAGCGAGAUCUGGGUCUGCGGACCAAUCUAAGACCGCCAAAUCAGGAAGCAAAGCAACAGAAAGGACUGUGAUAAUGGAUAAGUCCAAGGGUGAACCAGUUAUUAGCGUAAAGACGACAACUACGUCAAAAGACAGGAGCAUCAAGAGCCAGGAUCGUAAAUCAGAGAGCAGGGAAAAGAGCAGAGAGAGGCAAGGGGCCGCACCCUUUGACAAGACCAAGGAGCCAAGACGGCAGAAAGAAACAGACCACCGCAGUAACCGGAGCAGUACCCGGGAACGUCGAGACAAGCAGCGCAUGCAGGCCAUCUGGGAACAAGAAGAGCGGGAGAGGCUCGAGAUCGCCCGGGAGAGGCUGGAAAUCGAAAGGACCCGCCUGGAGCGGGAGCGCCUAGAGCGGGAGCGCCUAGAGCGGGAGCGCAUGCACAUCGAACAUGAGCGGCGGCGGGAACAGGAGCGCAUCCAGCGGGAGAGGGAGGAGCUGCGGCGGCAGCAUGACCAGCUGCGCUAUGAGCAAGAGAGGCGUGUGGCACUGAGGAGGCCAUAUGACAUGGACGGGAGGCGUGACGACCCGUACUGGCCAGAGUCAAAGAGGAUGGCAAUGGAUGACCGCCACCGAUCGGAUUUUAACCGCCAGGACCGGUUCCAUGAUUUUGACCAUAGGGAUCGUGGACGGUACCAAGACCAUUCCCUAGAGAGAAGAGAAGGGUCACGAGGAAUAAUGGGAGAGCGAGAUGGGCAGCACUACACAGAUGACCGCCAUGGGGGACCAGAUCGACACUCACGGGAUGGAUGGAGCUAUGGCUCCGACCGGCGUAUGAGUGACGGGCGGGGCAUACCCCCACAGUCUCGAGACAGCCGCAGCUGGGGAAAUCACAGCCGAAAAUUUGAUGGCCACCAAGAUCGCUCCUGGCAGAGCAACACCCAUGGUGGAGCAAUGGGCCGGGAUAACGAGCGGUGGCAAGGUGGAAGCAGAGGGAGACGUGGCCAUUCGGUGUGGCGAGGUGGCAUGUCUGGGCGGGGAAGCUUUGUGCCGAGCGGCACGCAGGGCCAAGCAUCGCAUGGCGGAGAGGCGGAAGAUGAAGGUUUCUCGGGGCAGGACAGAGGCAGCCGGCCCAAUCCCCGGUUCAGUCGCCGCUAUUGAAUGUUUUAUCUGCUUUUGUUUUUGUUUAUUAACUGUACAACGGCAACAGAGACUACAACACUACUGCUCAGUGUCUCACUGACUGUGACUCUUAAGUUAACCUUCAUUGUUCUACUUUGUAGCGCAGAAUGUGAACCCAUUCAGGAUUUUUUUGUAACGUGUUCCUGUACGUGCUGUCCUUGCAACUCGCCCUCCCCCCACCCCAUUUAAAAGAAAAUGCAUUUCUUUUAUGAGGCAUUCCAUUUUCUAUAAAUAAAAUGAGAACGGUUUACAAUUGA